AGCGCAACAGCCUUAUAUACCCGUUGCAAUUUACCUCCAGAGGGAAUAUUGAAGCUCCGCUUGCAGAGCUCGGCAAAAUCCGAAGCGCACGGACCAUUGCGCCACUUCAAUUCUUUUUCUACGCCACCCACCUCAACAUUUUGUGGUGCUUCUGUGGCUCUUCAUAAAUUACCAUGACGCUUCGACUCCAGAAAGUGACGUUUAGGCCUUUCCAACCAGCUCAAAAGCCGUGCAAAUUCUGUUCAAGAAUCCCAAGUUCCAUCUUUUACAAACGUUCAACACCUACUUGAUCUGAUAUUUCUAUCUUGACAAUGCCUUUGUUCAAACAAAACUCUCCUGAACCUUCUCCUCCACCUCAAGCGGAGCCUACCCGCAAGGGCACCCUUUUUGGCCGUCGUCAGCGUUCUGCUUCGCCAGAUCGUUCGAACAAGUCCAAUCGUACCAGGAAUAGCUCUGACUCUGACAGCGUCGGUCGAGCAGGCAGCACCCGCAGCGGUGGCCUAUUCGGUGGACGUAUCGGUGGCCGAGGCUUCCCUCACAAUGACCCUACCAUUAUGUCUGCUCGCGAAAAAGUUUCCGACGCCGAAGAAUCUGAGAAGGCUGCCGACCGCGCUUUACAGCAAGCCAGAGCCAGCGUGAAGGCAGCUAAAGAUCACGUCAAGUUCCUCGAGAAAGAGGCUGAGGAUGAUGCCCAUCGUGCCAGGCUUAAGCAAGCUGAGGCCAAGGUCGUCAGCAGAUCCGCUCGUGGUCUCGGUCGUCACGGUUGAAACGAAUUCGAACUAUACCAUGUAUCGCUAUUUCCGAUCGUUAGAGCAGAUUAUACCAUUCCCCCAAACUAUGAUAUAUCACAUCUAUAAUAAAUGUAUUUCUACUACCAUCUGUGAUCCUUCUCAAAAUCGGAAUUGAAAUCCAAUCGACCUUGUUAUAACUGUCAACGCUAUCCAUUGAAGCGGCGUGGUGCUAUGUCCCCUCAUCGACAUGUCCCCCCCUCAUUUCGUUUCUAGUCCAUGCUUUAUCUUUUUCCAUUCUGACAGUAAUGUGUCAUCCACAACCAUCGCAUGUCCUUCGUAACCACUGGGAAGUUGCGACAGGUGCGUCAACACAGCAUGAAUGUAGUCCCUGGCAUUAG